CACAAACACCAGCGCGCAGCGUGAGGCGCGAGAUCCUACCCCUCUUUGAUUUAUCGAGGCAACUCCACACACCUCCUGGUGCCGUUUACCGUUUGAGGCUUUUCAUUAUUUAUUCAUCUAUACAUACUUUACUGUUGUGGGUCGCGUGAUAUAGAAAAUUCGCUCUUCUUCGACCCAUAUUUGUAUUUCUGCAGGUGCUUUGAGUUUCUUGGUAGUGAUGGAUGCGCGCGUGCCUCCUGUUCCCGAGCAGAGCGACGAGCGCGUUGCGACGGAAGAGUCGGAGCGCGACUGAUUUUUUAUCUUUAAAGCGUUCGUCCUGAGUGGAGCCUCGCCUGCAGUCGCUGGAGAGAAAAAACAGGUUAUAGCCUACUGAGAGAAUUCGCUUUGUUCGCCGCUCUGUUCGCUUUUUGUUGUUCGCGUAACAUUAUGCAUCAGAAUUAAAUAGUAUUGGAACAGAGGCCUACACGUUAAACACUGGAUAUGGAGUCCGUCAAGUCAAGAGCAACGGCGGGGGUCAAGGAAUUUGCCGGGAAGACAUUAGGUCAUAUGCACAGAGUGCUCGAGAAGAAACAGAAAACGGGAGAAGUCAUCGAGCUGACUGAGGAUGGGAGGCCCCAGGAGGCCCCUGAGAGGAAGCCCCCGCUGGUCGACUGCACGUGCUUCGGGCUGCCCCGCCGCUACAUCAUCGCGUUGAUGAGCGGCCUUGGGUUCUGCAUCUCCUUUGGGAUCCGCUGUAACCUGGGCGUGGCCAUCGUGGGCAUGGUCAACAACAGCACCGUGCACGAAAACGGGAAAAUCAUCAUCAAGGAGAAAGCAAAGUUCAACUGGGAUCCAGAGCAGGUCGGUUUGAUUCACGGAUCCUUUUUCUGGGGCUACAUCGUGACGCAGAUCCCCGGGGGGUAUAUAUCGUCGAAGCUGGCUGCUAGCAGGGUGUUUGGGGCAGCCAUCUUUCUGACCGCGACGCUCAACAUGUUCAUUCCCUCGGCUGCGCGGGUUCACUACGGGUGUGUCAUCUUUGUGAGGAUACUGCAAGGUCUGGUCGAGGGAGUGACCUACCCAGCCUGCCAUGGCAUAUGGAGUAAGUGGGCUCCUCCACUGGAGAGGAGUCGGCUAGCCACCACUUCCUUCUGUGGAUCUUAUGCUGGCGCUGUGAUCGCGAUGCCAUUGGCUGGGAUCCUGGUUCAGUAUUCCGGCUGGUCCUCUGUGUUCUAUGUCUACGGGGUCUUUGGGAUCAUCUGGUACAUGUUCUGGAUCCUGGUGUCCUACGAGAGUCCCGCCGUGCACCCCACCAUCACCGAGGAGGAGCGCUGCUACAUCGAGGAGAGCAUCGGGGAGACCGCUCAGCUGAUGGCCGCCGCCGAGAAAUUCAAAACUCCCUGGAGAAAGUUCUUUACCUCCAUGCCAGUCUACGCCAUCAUCGUUGCCAACUUCUGCAGGAGCUGGACCUUCUACCUUCUGCUCAUUAGCCAGCCAGCGUACUUUGAGGAGGUGUUUGGCUUUGAGAUCAGCAAGGUUGGCAUGCUGUCUGCCCUGCCCCACUUGGUGAUGACCAUCAUUGUGCCCAUCGGGGGACAGCUGGCCGACUACCUGCGCACCAGGAACAUCCUGUCCACCACCACUGUCAGGAAGAUCAUGAACUGUGGAGGGUUUGGGAUGGAGGCCACAUUGCUUCUGGUGGUUGGCUACUCUCACAGUAAAGGAGUGGCCAUCUCCUUCCUGGUGCUAGCAGUGGGCUUCAGUGGAUUUGCCAUAUCAGGUUUCAACGUGAACCACUUGGAUAUCGCUCCACGCUAUGCCAGCAUCCUCAUGGGCAUUUCUAAUGGCGUCGGCACUCUCUCUGGGAUGGUGUGUCCUAUAAUCGUUGGCACUCUGACAAAAAACAAGACCCGGGAGGAGUGGCAGUCCGUGUUCCUCAUCGCCGCCAUGGUGCACUACGGGGGAGUGAUUUUCUACGGGAUCUUCGCCUCGGGGGACAAGCAGCCGUGGGCCGACCCGGAGCUGACCAGCGAGGAGAAGUGCGGCUUCAUCGACGAGGACGAGCUGGCGGAGGAGACGGGAGACAUCAGCCAGGGCUACGGCGCACUGGGCGCCCCGGCCAAGACGUACGGCGCCACCACGCAGGUGAACGGCGGCUGGGCCUCGGGAUGGGAGAAGACGGAGGAGUACGUCCAGGAGGAGGCCGCCGAGGGGGGGUCCUACGGGUAUAGGCAGGAGCAGGGCUACUCCUAGACACCACACACGCACUCACACACGCAUACAAACACACACACACACACACACACACACACACACACACACACACACACACACACACACACACACACAGAUACACGCGCACACACACACACACACACACAAUGAUAUACACACACACACACACACACACAAUGAUAUUCACACAGACACACACACACAGAUACACGCACGCACACACACACACACACACACACACAAUGAUAUACAAACACACACACAGAAAUACACGCACACACACACACACACACACAUACACACAGACAUACGCGCACAGACAGAUACACUCAAAGACUCAAACACACUCAAAAAACAUGUGCACACACACACACACAGACAUACAAAUAUGCAGGCACACCAACACAUGUUCUCACAUGCACACAGUGACUAGCAGAGACAUGCGCGCACACACACACACACACACACACACAAACACACACACACACACACACACACACACACACACACAGACAGCCUCGUAUAAACACACACACUCAAAUGCACACAGACACAAAAAACACACACAUUUACACACACGCACACACACACACACACACACACACACACACACACACACACACACACACACACACAAACACACACAGACACACACAAUCACACGCAUUCACACACACAAACACACACGCACACACACAUUUACACGCACACAAACAAACACGCAUACACCAUCCACUUAAUACAUGUGUAGACUUAUUUUGCUCAUAGUGGAUCAUUUGGUGAUUUAAAAUAAUCUGUUAACCAAGAAACGUAAAAAAAAUUGAAAUUCAUUGUUGUAUGUUUGCACAAACUAAAGCAUAACUAAGAAAAAAGAAGAAAAACUAUUUAUGGUUCAUAGAAAAAACGAUGAAACGUGACCAAAUUGAAUAGAGGUGAAACACAUAUCAAAUUGACAGGCUAGAUGUAUUAGUAUGCAUAUGGAUUAUAGAUAUUCUUGUUUGGCGUGCAGUUGUGUGUAACCACGUGGGACACUUUCAACUCAUCAGCAGCAGGUUUCCAAUAGAGUUGAAGCCUCCGGGGAUCAUUUCAGUCCGUGCAUAUGACCCCAAUGUUACUUCUCACAAAUUGUUCCUAGGACAGCACAACUUUUCAACCAGCCAGCCAUGAACAGUAUACACCUCUGUCAGUGCACAACAUUGGAAGUCCUCAGUAAAGCAAACAAUCCAUUGACAUAGAUUAUACUGUACUGCUACUAAAUGCACUGAGGUGAUAUGUUGUUUCAAUGCACAAAUGCUUUGUUAUGGUUUCAUCGUGAGCUUGUGUGUGUUUGUUCAAUUGCCCUUAACACGUAAGUGACCUAGCAUGAUGAUGACGCUGACUUCAUGAGAGUAAAAUGUUCGCUGUGACAUUUUGGCUGACAUGCAUUGAAGGGAACAUCUUCAGAUUAGAAUCAAAUGUUAUUUGUGAUUUGUGAUUAGUUGUGUAACCCAUUACCUCAUUUUUAAAGCAUUUGAGACUACAAUUUGAGCAGUUGCAGCCUAUCACAUUUUAUCUGUAAAGUGCCGGAGUUAAGCCAUUAUUUUCAUUAUAUUGUAAUUGUUAUGUCUUUGGCCAUUUCAAAUCAAAUACUACCAAGAGCUCCUCAAGAAUUUCACUAAAUAUUUAUUGUAUAAAAUAUAUGGAUUGGAGCAGAAUUUAUGAAAUUAACAGAUAGUAUGAUUAUAAAAAUGAAAAUGCCAAUAGGGUUUGAAACACCACUGAUGAUAUAGAUUGAAGCCAGGCCGUGCAUUAUGGGCUGUGCAUUGCAGGGUUUGUGGUAAAGAAGAGAGUAAACCAAUCAGUAUCAAAGUCUAAUAAGAUAAUGACAGAUAACUGAACAUUUAUUAUUUAUAGAAAAUGUAAAAGAUGUUUAGGUUUCUAUAAAGGAAAUAAUGAGAAACUAAUUUAAACAAAACUUUAUUUUUUAUGCAAUUGAUUAUAUAUAGUAAAUAGUGCAAAGAUAAUACCUGAUGUUAUAUGGCAUUAUAUGAAAUACCAAGAUGACAAGUAGAAAUAUCUGAUGCUUUUGGUGUUAUCCUCUCGAUACUUUCGAGAGCUAUCGUUGGACCAGCUCUUCUGUAGAAGCAAACACAAUAAUCUAGAGGCUCUUUUACUUCCUGAUUCUGCACCAAUAACAGGUCUCAUGGGGACCAAGGCAACCAAUCAUGUCACUUCUCACGUGUCUGUGGAAGUCAGCACAAUAUAGAUGUGUGUGAAAUGUAUUUAUGCAUGGAGCAAUGUGUGAGUUUUUUAUGUCCUUACCUUAUUGUUUGACAAUUUAGUUGUGUCUUUGUCAUGCAAACUGUUACUGAUGUGUGAAUGUCUUUGCACAGUUAACCAAAGGGGAGUGUAGACUGGAGUUGGUUUAGGUGUCUGUCUUCUAUAGAGUUCUAUAGAGUAUCAAUAGAAGCCUCUGCUCUAGAGCUGAAAGUGGCACCGGAAAUUACUCAGUGUACAAAGCAAUAAAUCCUUAGUGGCAGCCACUGUCAAGUAUCAAAAUAACACCAAGACAGGAAUUAUUUAACAGCUUUUCUUUUGUUCAUAUAUUGACUUUCAAGUUGUGAUUUUGUGAUAAGAAAUGUAGAAAAUAAUGAAACAGUUACUUGUAAAAAAAAAAAAAUCUAAAUAUAUAUAUAUAUACAUACAUAUACAUAUAUAUAUAUAUAUAUAUAUAUAUAUAUAUAUAUAUAUAUAUAUAUACAUAUAUAUAUAUAGAAAGAGAGAGAGAGAGAGCAAGAACUAUUAGUACUAGAGUCCUACGCAAACCUCUUUGCCAUGUGAAAAAUGCAAGGAGUUAGUGAGAGGGCUACUCACCAAAUGAGAAUGAUAACCUGGCCUAGUCUGAGUGACGGCCGCCUCCUCUUCUCCAUAUCUCUAUUGUUGUGCAGUAUCCCCCCCUCCCCAGGGCUUCUUGUAGAGGAUGUGCCCCUCCCGCCUCCCACCCCCCUCCCCCCUCUCUCCUUCACUUCCUUCAGAUUCAACCACACUCUACAAUCCACCCCCCCCCCCCCCCAAACACACACACACUUAUAUUCUUCUUGUUCUCAUUUUGAGUUCGAUGGACAUGUGUUUUUCCUUCUGUGGCUGGACUCCUUGUUCCCUCACCCCUACAAAUACCUACAUGUUCCCCUGGCCAAAUGUGCUCUGGUCUGCUCCCAUGCUACUGUCACAUUGUUCCGUGGCGUUGUAAGGAACGUAUGUUAUUCAAAGUGAUUGCCUUUUUUGGGUUGAAAAAUGACAGAUGUGCAACAUGAAGUAACGGUUAAACUCUCCUGUUUUGUGCCUCUGAGUGAAGUUCCAGUGUGGUUCUAUGGCUUCUUUUGCUGUGUAAAUUGAGAGGUUUGUUGAUGUUAAAAUGAAAUACGCUAUAUCCUUUUUUUUUAUAUAUAAAAGAAAAGUAACCACAUUCAA